AUGAAGCAGGACAGUGAUGCUGUGAACGUCCCUGCAUGCUUCAUAUCAAACCAUGAAGGUUUUUAUGGAAGCAUCAAAAACUUUAUCAAAGAUUUUGUGGUGACUGAGAUAGACACAACUGGGCAGCGUGUUAACACGGCAGCAGCCGCACAGACACCAGACUGUGCCUCCUCAGAUGAAAACAAUGAAACCAGUGCAGAAUGUAAGUGGAAUUAUCACUCCUCUGUCUCACAAGACAAUGAUGCUGCUGAUUGUGGGCUAGACGUCACCAUACCCAGUCCAGGCAGUUUUGAUUUAAGUGUGAUUUUAGGCCAGUCAGUCAGCGAAGAGCUUGAGCAGUUUGUGUUGACUCUCAAAGAAAAGCCAACCAAGCAGGAGCUAUCUCUGGGAUCCUUCACUGACAAACACCACAGAGCUAACGUCCACCGGGCCGUCAGACACCGCUUCCCCUUCCUCAUGACUGUCACUAUUCAGCCUGAGAUCAGGGUGAGGGAAGACCCGGACUACAGAGAGCUCUCCCAGCUGGUUACCGAGGAUGAAGCAGAGGACUUCUUCAGGUUCAUAGAUGCCAAAGUGCGGGGCUCAUCCUAUACGUUUGGACCCGAUGACGAUAAGGACCACAGGACGGUGGUACACCACUUCCUGAGCCGAAGGUUUGGCAAACUGGUGGAGACUAAAAGCUUCACCGACCAGGGGACGACGGCGAUCUCAGUGAGGCUGAGAGAGCAAGGGAGGCCAAAGAAGAGAACCGCAGAGGAACGUAAAGAAGAGGAAGUGUACACUGCUUUCACUCUGCGUAAGGAGAACCUGGAGACUCUGGAGGCCAUCAGCUACAUGGCAGCAGCCCUCGGGGUCCUUCCAUCAGAUUUCACCUACGCUGGGAUCAAGGACAAGAGAGCCAUCACCUACCAGUCCAUGGUGGUCAAGAAGGUCUCAACUCAAAGGUUGAAAGAGAAGACAGCUGAGUUCGAGAAGAGAGGGAUGCGUCUGUCUCAGAUCCGCUCCGUCAGCGAGCCUCUCAGGCUCGGACGACUGCAGGGGAACCACUUUGACCUGGUGGUGCGCGACCUGAGGCCACACGGGUCUAGUGACGCACACUCCUCUGGCGCAGACACACACACUCGCCUGGCAGCGCUGGUAAAGGAAGCAGCCGAGAAUGUCAAGGCCAGAGGUUUCGUCAACUACUAUGGACCCCAGAGGUUUGGGAGCGUGCAUAGCGUUCAGUCUGACCGCGUCGGCCUGGCUUUACUCAAAGAAGAUAUGGUGAGCGCUGUGCGUCUCUUCUUCACUCCAGACGACGGCAAUGAUCCUCAGAACCACGCAAAGAGACACUUCUUACAAACAGACAACGCUAAGGGGUCAUUGGCGCUGAUGCCGUUGUCGAAGGCCAGAGAGCGGCUGAUGCUUCGGGCCAUGAACCGCUACGGGACGGGUCCGGAUGGUUGUACCCAAGCCUGGCUCAGCCUGCCCCACAGCAUGAGAGUGUUCUACCCACACGCCUACUGUAGCAGAGUGUGGAACGAGGCAGUGGCACACAGGCUGACUACUCUGGGCCACAGUGCCAGGCAAGGAGACCUGGUGUGGAUGCAGGAUGACACUGGAGAGAGCAGCUCAGCUCAGAUCCACGUGGUGACUGACCAAGAGGAGCAAGAAGGAGUGUACACACUGGGACAUGUGUUACUACCGAUGCCGGGAAACACUGUGAAGUAUCCAGAAAACGCCAUGGCGACUUGGUAUCAGGAGAGGCUGGCCAGAGACGGACUAGACGACUGUCGCUUCAGAGUCAACAAUCUCAAACUAAACCUGCCCGGCUGCUACCGCCCCCUGCUGGCCUCACUACGCAACCUCAGCUACCAGCUGCAGAGAGCAGGCUGUGGGGAGGGAGGAGGAGAGGUGACAGGAAACAGUAGCAGAAAUAGUGACCGGCAGCUGAACGGCACAACAGCAGAAGGGAAAUUCACUCUCACUUUGAACUUCGACCUGGACUCCUCCUGCUAUGCUACCGUCUGCCUCAGAGAGCUCAUGAAGUGUGACCCCUAGAGGUCAAGGGACAUUGUUCCUGUUGUGUUUCUACAUACUUUGCAGAAGAGAAGGAGUUUUCUUGUUUUCCGUUUUUGUAACCCAUCAUUGUGAUACAUUAUUAGUAGCCUUUUUGUUUGUUGUUGAGGUAAUGAGCAUAAGACUGUGUUUAUAAAUAUAAAAAAAAAAUGCAUAAUGUGCAAUUGAUAAAACAAAUGAACAAAUCUUAAUGUAAAACCGUGUAAACCGUAUUUGUGUUUUGUGCCAUGAAUAAAACUUUUAGAAAUAAAUUGACUUUUUUCCACCUUGA